CGGCGGGCGGGCGCGGAUUGGCGGCGCUGCGGCGGGGGCGUGGCCGGGCCCGGCGGGUGAAUGAAAGGGGCGCGCGGCGGCGCCGGGGUCCCGGGGCGGCGGUGGCGGCUUGGAGCAGCCCCGGGCGCCGCGGCGGACGGCGCCGAGCCGGCCUGAGCUGCCGCCAGUAGUAGCGCAGCAGCGGGACGGGGGAGCCGCGCCGGCGGCCGCCAGCGGCCGGGGCCAUGGGCACGCCGGCCUCGGUGGUGUGCGACCCUCCGGGGCGGGCGCCGCCGGCGGCCCGCGGCCGCAAGCGGGCCUCGGCCAACAUCUUCCAGGGCGUGGGGCUGCCGGAGCUGCGGAGCCUGUUCCGGAGCGGCGGCGCCGAGCGGCCCGAGGAGCGCGCCCGCCUCGUCUGCCGCUACGCGGGCCAGCAGCGCAUGGCGCGCGCCCUGCGGCGGCUCCGGCGGCGGCCGGCCCGGGACGGCGGCGGCACGGCGGCGCUGCAGCGCUUUGGCCGCCUGCGGAUCGGCGAGCAGGAGCCCGAGAGCAGCCGCGGGGCAGCCAGGAGCUGGGCUUGCCUGCCCCCUGGACAGUGGGUCCCCGGAGAGCAGCGUUUGCCCAGCCCGGGCCCCUGAAGGACACUAAGUGUGGUGGAUGUGGGUGAGAUGGCUAAUAAAGGUGGAUGGUGGUG